GGCCGCUGUGUCUCCAGACAUCUGUGUACACGUAUUACGGCUGCAUUGGGCUGGACCGGGGCUCAAUGGGAACAGGCUAACUUAACUCUGGCUAGCGUUCAGACUGGAGUCCUAGCUAGGCUAUCGGGGCUAACACGGCUAAAGUACUCGGCUGAAGUGUUUGAAACCCGAUAUUCUCGUGAUAACAGCGGGACUGUACUUUGGUGCAUGGGAAGCGGCGACGUUCUCCGCAGUUGGAAACAAACUCUUCCAAGGUGGCGACAGACAAGGUUGCUGGUAAGCUGAGUUCUACUCUCUCAUGGGUGAAGAACUCGGUGUCCCACACGGUCAGUCAGAUGGCUAGCCAGGUGGCCACACCCACGUCCCUGCCGACCACUGCUACGUCCUCCUCUACGUCUCUGUCCUCGUCUGCCCUGUCACCGUUGUCGCCAGUACCGCUCACUCCCGACGAUGAGGAACUGCUUGCCAAGCUGGAGGAGCAGAACAGGCUGUUGGAGACAGACAGCAAGUCGCUGCGCUCAAUGAACGGCUCCAGGCGGAACAGUGGCUCCUCCCUGGUGUCCAGCUCCUCUGCCUCCUCUAACCUCUCCCACCUGGAGGAGGACUCGUGGAUUCUGUGGGGACGAAUUGUCAACGAGUGGGAGGAUGUGCGCAAGAAGAAGGAGAAGCAGCUCAAGGAUCUUGUCAGAAAAGGGAUUCCUCACCACUUUCGGGCAAUAGUGUGGCAGCUGCUGUGCAACGCCCAAAGUAUGCCCAUCAAAGAUCAGUACUCUGAACUCCUGAAAAUGACGUCGCCCUGCGAGAAGCUGAUUCGCAGAGACAUCGCUCGCACUUAUCCUGAACAUGAUUUCUUCAAGGAGAAGGACAGCUCGGGUCAGGAAGUGCUCUUCAAUGUCAUGAAGGCCUAUUCUCUGGUGGACCGGGAGGUCGGCUAUUGUCAAGGUAGUGCAUUCAUUGUCGGACUGCUACUCAUGCAGAUGCCAGAGGAAGAGGCUUUCUGUGUGUUUGUGAAGUUGAUGCAAGACUACAGAUUACGAGAGCUCUUCAAACCCAGCAUGGCGGAGCUGGGACUCUGCAUGUAUCAGUUUGAGUGCAUGAUCCAGGAGCAACUCCCAGAGCUGUAUAUGCAUUUCCAGGCUCAAAGCUUUCACACCUCCAUGUAUGCGUCUUCUUGGUUCCUCACCAUCUUUCUCACGUCCUUCCCUCUGCCUGUCGCCACAAGAAUCUUUGAUAUCUUCAUGUGUGAGGGUCUGGAGAUAGUUUUCCGUGUGGGACUGGCCCUCCUCCAGAUGAACCAGACGGAACUCAUCCAGCUCGACAUGGAGGGAAUGUUACAGCACUUUCAGAGAAUUGUCCCAAACCAGCUUGACAACGGCCCAGAUAAGGUCAUCCAGGCUGCUUAUCAAGUCAAGUACAAUGCCAAGAAGAUGAAAAAGUUAGAGAAAGAAUACACUACAAUCAAAUCUAAAGAGAUGGAGGAGCAGGUGGAGAUAAAGAGGCUGCGGACAGAGAUCAGGCUCCUGAAGCAGAGGAUAGACACACUAGAGAAAGAAAGUGCUUCCUUGGCAGAUAGAUUGAUCCAGGGACAAGUGACUCGAGCUCAGGAGGCAGAGGAGAACUACCUGGUCAAGCGGGAGCUGGCCACAGUCAAACAACAGAGCGAAGAGGCCAGUGGUCAGCUGGAGCAGGCCAAGAACACCAUCAGGCAGCUCCAGCAGCAACCACAAGCGAAGGGAGCCCCUCGCUACUCUGAGGAGUCCGUCCUGCAGCUGGAGAGGGAGCUUGUACAAGCGCGACUGAAGGAGGCAGAGUCCCAGUGUGCACUCAAGGAGAUGCAAGACAAGAUCCUUGAUGUGGAAAAGAGGAACACGUCCCUACCAGAUGACACCAACGUAGCACGGCUACAGGAGGAGCUGAUCGGGGUGAAGUUGCGGGAAGCGGAAGCCGUGACUGGCCUGAAAGAGCUGAGACAGCAGGUCAGAGACCUGGAAGAGCACUGGCAGCGUCACAUGGCACGCACAGCUGGUCGCUGGAAGGACACCCCAAAGAAGAAUACUAUGAGUGAGCUACAGGACGAGCUGAUGAGCGUAAGGCUGCGUGAGGCCGAGGCCCAGGCAGAGCUCCGAGAAUCACGGCAGAGGAUUCUGGAGCUGGAGACACAGAAUCAGAUUCACAGCAACCACCUGCGAAGGGCGGAGCAGGAGAGUCGCAGUCUCCAGGAGCGUGUGCAAACACUGACGGUGCAAAAUAAAGAUCUGCAUGUGCAACUGCAAGAGAUCAAGCGGAGACAAGCUGAGAUUGAAUGCAAGAGCAAGGAGGAAGUGAUGGCAGUGAGGCUGAGGGAAGCUGACAAUAUUGCUGCUAUGGCAGAACUCCAGCAACAGAUCUCGGAGCUUGAGAUUGAGAAAGAAGAAGGGAAGGUCCAAGUCCAUCUGAACCACACAGACUCGAGCCAGUACAUCCGUGACCUCAAAGACCAGAUAUCGGAACAAAAACAUGAGAUCUUCUGCUUGAAAGGAAAGAGGGGUUUGGCCAAUCAGCCCAGUUUUGAUGGGAUCCACAUCGUCAAUCACUAUGCAGGGGACGAGCCUUACCAGUCUUCAGAUGAAGAUGGAGUCAAGGCGCUCACCCUCCAGGACACCCAGCCGAGGAGCAGCAGCCGCAUCAGACUGCGCCCCAACCUCGGGGACACCGACAGCGAGGAGGAGGAAGAGGAGGAGGAGGAGGAGGACGACGGGGAGGCCCUGCGGCUCUCUGUGCCUCCGAGCGGCAGCCACAAGUCCACCACCAUGCUUGAGGCUAAACCAGAGCAAAAGGCGCACACAGGCCUGCGCGCUUUCACCUCUGCUCCUGAAAUGAGUGGAGCUUCUUUUAAGAGUUGGAAAGGGGGUGACGAGAAGUCGCCCCCUCUGCAGACUGUUUUCCUGUCACCUCGGGACUCCUCUCUGCAGCUGGAUCUUCAUCAGCACCGCAGCUCUCGGGCCACAUCAGAGAUGCCUCGCUCCUUCUUGGUGAAGAGUAAGAGGGCGCACAGUUACCACCAGCCCCGCUCUUUAGUGGACGACUACCGCAGGCUGGACUCGCUACUGGCGCAUAUAUGCUCAGAGGCGGAUAAACUCCCCGGUGACACCGACAUGACGGUGGACAGUUACGGGCUCUCUCCGGAUUCCCCUCUGGCCGACGCCGCCGACUUCUGCCCCAAGUCCCCGCUGAGCUGCCCCGGCAGUCUGUGUGGUCCCUCCUCGGACUACGAGGACAUCUGGAGGCCUCCGUCUCCCUCUGCGUCGCCAGCCGACUCGGACAAAUCCCUGUCCCCCCUCGUGGACGAGACCCAGCCCUUCACCGUGCCCUUCCGGCCGUACGCCUGGAGCAGCUACCAGGGGCCCGGGCUGAGGCCCCUGGUGCAACAGAAUCUCCACCACCACCCCGGCCUGGAGGUGGACAGGGGCGCGGCGGCGGCGGCGGUUGCCUUCUACGGGGAUCAUGGUGCGCACUCGGCGCUGUACACGGAGCGGGUCCUGGGCGAGGAGGCGUACGGUGAAUACAGGAGACACGCCGCCGCCGCUGCCGCCGCCGCCGCCCUGCUGUUUCCUGACGGGGGCCUGCAGGGAAAAGCGCACGGUGCCAAGGCCCCGUCUGAGCGGCUGUGUCCCAGCCUCAUCUUGAACGGUGCCUACAAGUGCAUCAAGUGCAGUAAGGUGUUUUCCACUCCACACGGUUUAGAAGUCCACGUCCGGAGGUCGCACAGCGGCACCAGACCGUUUGCGUGCGACCUGUGCGGCAAAACCUUCGGUCACGCAGUGAGCCUGGAGCAGCACAAAGCCGUGCACUCGCAGGAGAGAAGCUUCGACUGCAAAAUCUGCGGCAAGAGCUUUAAGAGGUCGUCUACUCUGUCCACGCACCUGCUCAUCCACACCGACACGCGGCCGUACCCGUGUCAGUACUGCGGCAAGAGGUUCCACCAGAAGUCCGACAUGAAGAAGCACACGUUCAUCCACACAGGCGAGAAGCCGCACAAAUGCCAGGUGUGUGGGAAAGCGUUCAGCCAGAGCUCCAACCUCAUUACGCACAGCAGGAAACACACCGGCUACAAACCGUUCGGCUGCGACCUGUGCGGCAAAGGUUUCCAGAGGAAGGUGGACCUGAGGAGACACAAGGAGACGCAGCACGGACUGAAGUGAAGGAGACACUGUGUCCUCUCAUGGUCUGACCACACACAGGGAGACAUUUUACGCAAAGACAAUUAAAUCCCAAAUCGCCCUGUUUGAGGACAUUGCUUGGAUUAAGGAUCACCCCGAUCCUCUAUUUAAAAAAACCUAAAUGUGAAAAGUACAUUGAGAAUAUAUUUAAUAUUUGUUUCUAUUUAUUCUAUCAAAGAAAACAUCAAAUAGACAAACAGGGUUUUUUUCAUUGUGAAGACACGUGAGCAACACUAAACUCCAGGCUGCUGUCAGGCCCAGAGAAAAGCUGUGACUGUGACAUGAUGAAUAAAAACCCAUGAGUAUGA